AUGUCGAAUGUCCCAGGGAAGAAGAGAAUACGAAUCUCAUCGCCCCCGAAUACUCGGAAAACAAUUCGUCUAGCAGAACCCGAGUUACAACACGGUGUCCCAUCCACGUCCCAGCGACGCCAAUUGGGAAUCGGAAGCCCACAACGCCAAAUCAGAACAAGCGGUCCAGCACGAUCAUCGAACAAUAAGGGCUCAGUGGGGAGAUUGCAAACGCCAGAAGAGCAGCAGACAUGUGUUUUGCCACAAACUGAAGGAGCUCGAGAACGGAUUGACUGGGAUGAAGGAUUGGAGAUUCAAUUAGAUGAGGGGUGUGAAUAUCGAGCUGAAGGGGAGGGUGUUGGAAACGUUAAUGAUGCAGCUUUAGCAAUGCCACAAGAACCCGACAUUCAAUCCUCCAACUCCAUGUUCGUUGAAGAAGUAUUUGACGAGCAUCUUCCAUUUUGGCAACUCACCGAAACAUUUUUUGUGGCAAAUGGGUGGGAUGUGCGCGCAAGGAAACCAACGGCACGCUGGUAUCACGUACAAAUUUCGGGCAUUGGAGAUGAGUUGAUUGUGUCGUGUAUGUGCCCUGCGUCAACAUCCCGGUCUACUGGCCUUAGCGCGUCAUGCUUUCAUAUCAAAUUCCUCCUUGAAUAUUUGGAGGUAAAAUUUCCAAGAUCUUCUCAACCCUAUCCUCUCCAAGAUGACAGUGAGGUUAUCCUGUUUUCCAGAGAGAGGGGUUCUCAAGAGGGUAUCUGGAUCAAUCACUUCAGCAUACCUUCAACUGAUAUCAAUCAAACUUCCCUCAAAGCUCGAGCAGUUGUGCAAUUUGAUGGAGAUGACGAAGGAACAGGCUCUUGGGCUUGUAGCAAGGAUUCUGGGCAGAGGUGCCCACAUAUCGCAGCUGCUUCAAAGUUCAUGAUGCCUGAUCUAGGCGAAGACGACAGGAUAGAGAAGGCGUCAAGCGACAUGAACGCUCAAAUGAUACCACGCCGAAGACUGCGUGGCAAAGGUCCUAUCUCAUAUCUCCCUAUCCCGCCACCGCUUUGGGCCCGAAUUCCUAGCGAUCCAGACUUUCCACAGUGCACCAAACCAGUCGAUAUUUGUGGCCCGCCACCCCUGAUUAUGUUGACAUCUGGGGGAACUUGUCACUGCGCAAACCCUCGACCUGAAUAUGAUUCCUCACGCCCUUUACGGACGCGGAAAUGUGUUAUCUAUGGACUUAAUUGUGCCUGGGAAUCCAUGAUCGAGGUCCAACCAUGUGGUACUUGCGCAAAGAGAAAUAUUGGUCCAGAUUGUCAAGACCUCGGACUGUUCAAUUAUGAUAAUGAUAGGCUUGUUACGCACGCGCUCAUGGAUGACUAUACAAGCGCGUACACUGUUUCAGAACAAACAUUUACCUCUUGGGUCACUCUACUCACUCGGCGAUAUGAAACUAUGCGCUCAAACACUCGCUUUCUCACGGAAGGUUCUUUUCUGGACAUCUGGUUCGCAUAUGUGCAACUGCAAUGCUUCGACGGCGACAUGAUAUGUGGUGUCUGUGGGCCAACACCCGAGGAUACUAUCUGGGAUGGUGUCACUUUGGCAUACGGGAAGAAACAUGUUCUUCCAACCCUCCGCCCACCAACAAUCAUUCCUGACGAUGCACCAUCACGUGGGAGCCGAUACGUGCGCCACCAGCAAGCAAUACCAGGUCGGGACUUACGGGAUGCUAUCAGAAGGGUCUGUCGAACAAAAGUCAUACGCCUUGUCAUUACAGACAUGCAGGAAACUACUGAAAACCUUCAAGAUGUAGAGGAAGGGGAAGAUGAGGAGCAAUUCGAGGUGGAUAGAGCAGUCCAACAGAGAAAGGCGAAGGCAGAAAAGAAAAGUAUGGAAGAGUACAAACGAAGGCUGGAUGAUAUUCCUAUGAUUUCCAAAGGUCUGGCUGAGGUUUGCUCUGGUCUGCAGACGAUUUUCCUACAGGAAUAUGGAAUGCCAGCUCUGGAUGCAGGGUCAACACCAAACGAUUCAUAUCGUCUACUCCUAUUACAUCUUGCAGCAGAGGAAUCUGUGUUGCAGAUGGCCAAUCGCCCAGCCUUGAAGGAUCUGGCUAUUUUUGUUACAGAACCAACAAUGCGGAAUGCUUCGGCGUUGGUCAAAAUUCCAGCUCUUCAUGGAGCACUUCGUCAUGAGUUUGCAGCUCCAUCUGGUGUAUCUCAAACUCUUCUUGAGGUUGCUCAUUGGCUGUACAAACGGGGAAAAGAGAUACUCCAAGAAUUAAUUCAGAAUAACAGUGGUCUUCCAGAACGGUGUUUACCUUCGGAGCACGAUGGGGAAGAUUGGAUUGAGACGGGAUGCUGUUACAGCAUGCGCCCCAUUCGACUCCGACCAGCUUAUCCAAAUUUGAAGCACGACGUACGUGGAGACUUCAAUGGUCAGCGAGGACAUAAAUGCUCAAAGUAUUGGGAUCUCUACGGCAAAGGAAGUCUUACGGGGGGUCUUAUGUGUGUGUGGUGUCCGCAUAGCGUCUGCUAUGGCUUCCACAAUAUCCCAAAGGGUGAGGGCCGGAAUGAUGUUUUUUCAGCCAUAGUGACACGCUGGGAGAAGGCCCCAAAGCGAAUCAUAUAUGAUUUUGCUUGUGCACUGGGGCCCUACUGCAUGACUCGAGAGCCACAGUUUUUUGCAGAUACUCAAUUUGCCGUUGAUGGAUUUCACGCGAAGGAUCACACCAAGUGUUCAUCAGCUUCGUUUCUGAGCACUUACACGAACAUAGAUCCACGCCUCAAGGACAUCAACACGAGUGCAGCGGAGUGUGGCAAUAGCGGCAUCAAGCGGAUGAGAAAGUCAGUUCGUUGGAUGUCGCAAGACCGAGCGAUCAUAUACGCAAAGAUUUUCUUGUCAGUGUGGAAUAGAAAUCGUAUUAGAGCAAUGGAUAAGAAAUCCCCAACAGAGACUGCAAAGAUAGAAGGAAUGGUACCACGCAACAGAGACUUCAAAAUUUGA